AUGCACGGGACGAGGCAGCCCUUGCCCCGAGGUUGCCGCCGCCGGCCUCGCGCAGUGGCCACCGCGGGCCUGUGCGCGUUGGCAGCGGCUCUUCGGCCGGUGGCCUUCGGCUUCUCCGUCGCGAGGGUGCUGCCUGUCCCUGCCCAGUCCGCACCACCCGGGCGCCGCCAACGCAACGCUGUCGCCGGUGCCAGCCGCGCAGAGAAGGCCGUGCGGGGCGGGGCGGUGACGGCGAGGGCCUUGCAGCCCGGCUCCAGGGCUGGCAACUUCAAGGGGGGCAACAUCGUGGUCAAGGACACCGUGCGGAGCGUCGUGAUUGUGGCUAGCAUGGGUGGCGUGUUGUUGGGCAGUUGGUGGUUCACCGGGAAGUGGUGGAAGUUACCCCUGGUCGUCGCAUUGCCCUCGAUGCUGUACCGCUUGUGGACGACACGCAUGGACACGGAGAAGCUCGCCGCUGUCAGCGCGUCCGUGGAUUCGAAGUACGUCGCCAAUGACGAGAAGUCCAAGAAGGAAUUGCACAUGUUCAUGUGCAGUGGGUGCGGCUACACACUCUUUCCUGCACGUGGGCGCGAGGCGGCUUUUUUCACUGACGAUUUCAAGUGUCCUAUGUGUGGAACGAGCAAAGACGACUUCUUUGAUAUGAACGAGGAGGAGGAGGACUCGCCGGAGCUGGAGUCACCCACGUCGGAGAGCGAACCCGUGUACAAAGACCUGUAG